AUGGGGAAUUGUUGCAAUGGUGGAGGAUAAGUUAUGGAAAGAAAUGUGUAGAUAGAUGUAGGUUAAAAUAUCUCGGAGAAAACAGCAAAUUAGGAUAUACUUAAUAAAAAGGCUAUAAUAAUAUAAGCUCAUUGUAGAGGUCAUUUAGUUAGAAAGAAAGUGAAAAAAAUAUAGGAAUAGGACAAAACUGGGAAUAAAAAGUCCUAAAAUAGUUAAAGUAAGGGAAAGAACAUUAACAAUAAUCAAAAUCUAUAAAAUAAUAGAAGUGCUCAUGAAUCUAAAGAGGAAAACUAUUAAAAUUAGUCUGAUUAAACUAGAAUUCAUGCUCCAAGCGAAAAAUGUAAGAAACUAGAUAGAAUGCCAGAUUAUUUGACUUCUAAAACUAAAUCAGUUUUAAGUUCAAUCGAAGCCUUUGUAUAUGAUUAGGACAAGGAUGAAUUUAAAGAAUUACCAUUUUUAGAACCUUAUGAAUUAGACGGUGGUAGUGUUUAUAAAGGAUAAUGGAAGAAUGGACUUCGACAUGGUAGAGGAAUCUAAAUUUGGCAAGAUGGCUCAAUGUAUGAAGGAUAUUGGUACCAGAAUGUUGCUUGUGGAAAGGGAAGAUUGAUUCAUGCUGAUGGAGAUAAAUAUGAGGGAGAUUGGAGAAAUGACAAAGCACAUGGAUUCGGUAUAUAUGUGCAUAUGGAUGGAGCCUAAUAUGUGGGAUAUUGGGAAGAAGAUAAAUAGAAUGGACAUGGGAAAGAAAUAUGGCCAGAUGGUGCUUGCUAUGAAGGAUAAUAUAAGAAUGGGAAGAAACAUGGCAAGGGAACAUUUAAAUGGGCUGAUGGAUCUGUAUAUGUUGGUGAAUUCGAUUAAAAUAAUAUUCAUGGAAAAGGAGAAUACUAAUGGGAGGACAACAGGAAGUAUGUUGGAGAAUGGAAAAAUAAUAAAAUGGAUGGAAAAGGAGUGUUCACUUGGUUGGAUGGUAGGAAAUAUGAAGGAGAAUAUAAAGACGAUAAGAAGCAUGGAUACGGGGAGUUUCAAUGGCCUGAUGGAAGGAUGUAUAAAGGAUAAUGGGCGAAUGGGAAAUAACAUGGUAUCGGAAUUUAUAUUGGCUCUUCGAAAGUUGAAAAGGAAGGAGAGUGGUAAGAUGGGAAGAGAAUACGUUGGAUUAAGAAAGGGGGAUAACCCACUAAAGAGGAAGGAAAUUGA